AUGCUCGGCUCCCCCCCGCAGCAGCAGCAGCAGCAGCAGCAGCAGCAGCAGCGGUGCCAGCUCCGGCCAGGUAUCACCAGGGCCACUUUAAAAACAGACUCUGCAAAGGGGGGACGAGUGAGCCCCAGCCCGUCUGGCGGAGGACGCACCGCCGACUGCCAGGACGCACCGCCGACUGCCAGGACGCACCGCCGACUGCCAGGACGAACCGACGGCUGCCAGGACGCACCGACGGCUGCCAGGACGCACCGACGACUGCCAGGACGCACCGCCGACUGCCAGGACGCACCGCCGACUGCCAGGACGCACCGACGGCUGCCAGGACGCACCGACGGCUGCCAGGACGCACCGACGGCUGCCAGGACGCACCGACGACUGCCAGGACGCACCGCCGACUGCCAGGACGCACCGCCGACUGCCAGGACGCACCGCCGACUGCCAGGACGCACCGCCGACUGCCAGGACGCACCGAUGGCUGCCAGGACGCACCGACGGCUGCCAGGACGCACCGACGGCUGCCAGGACGCACCGACGGCUGCCAGGACGCACCGCCGACUGCCAGGACGCACCGACGGCUGUCAGGACGCACCGCCGGCCUGUCAGGACGCAUCACCGGCUGCCAGGAAGCACCGCCGGCUGUCAGGACGCAUCACCGGCUGCCAGGAAGCACCGCCGGCUGUCAGGACGCAUCACCGGCUGUCAGGACGCAUCACCGGCUGUCAGGACGCACCGCCGGCCUGUCAGGACGCAUCACCGGCUGUCAGGACGCACCGCCGGCUGUCAGGACGCAUCACCGGCUGUCAGGACGCAUCACCGGCUGUCAGGACGCACCGCCGGCCUGUCAGGACGCAUCACCGGCUGCCAGGAAGCACCGCCGGCUGUCAGGACGCAUCACCGGCUGUCAGGACGCAUCACCGGCUGUCAGGACGCACCGCCGGCCUGUCAGGACGCAUCACCGGCUGCCAGGAAGCACCGCCGGCUGUCAGGACGCAUCACCGGCUGUCAGGACGCAUCACCGGCUGUCAGGACGCAUCACCGGCUGUCAGGACGCAUCACCGGCUGUCAGGACGCACCGCCGGCUGUCAGGACGCAUCACCGGCUGUCAGGACGCAUCACCGGCUGUCAGGACGCAUCACCGGCUGCCAGGACGCAUCACCGGCUGUCAGGACGCAUCACCGGCUGCCAGGACGCAUCACCGGCUGUCAGGACGCACCACCGGCUGUCAGGACGCAUCACCGGCUGCUAGGACGCACCACCGGCUGCCAGGACGCAUCACCGGCUGCCAGGACGCAUCACCGGGUGCCAGGACGCACCACCGGCUGCCAGGACGCAUCACCGGCUGCCAGGACGCAUCACCGGCUGCCAGGACGCAUCACCGGCUGCCAGGACGCAUCACCGGCUGCUAGGACGCACCACCGGCUGCCAGGACGCAUCACCGGCUGCCAGGACGCAUCACCGGCUGCCAGGACGCAUCACCGGCUGCCAGGACGCACCACCGGCUGCCAGGACGCAUCACCGGCUGCCAGGACGCACCACCGGCUGCCAGGACGCAUCACCGGCUGCCAGGACGCACCACCGGCUGCCAGGACGCAUCACCGGCUGCCAGGACGCAUCACCGGCUGCCAGGACGCACCACCGGCUGCCAGGACGCACCACCGGCUGCCAGGACGCACCACCGGCUGCCAGGACGCAUUACCGGCUGCCAGGACGCAUCACCGGCUGCUAGGACGCAUCACCGGCUGCCAGGACGCACCGACGGCUGCCAGGACGCAUCACCGGCUGCUAGGACGCAUCACCGGCUGCCAGGACGCACCACCGGCUGCCAGGACGCACCACCGGCUGCCAGGACGCACCGACGGCUGCCAGGACGCAUCACCGGCUGCCAGAACGCACCAACGGCUGCCAGGACGCAUCACCGGCUGCCAGGACGCACCACCGGCUGCUAGGACGCAUCACCGGCUGCCAGGACGCAUCACCGGCUGCCAGGACGCAUCACCGGCUGCCAGGACGCACCACCGGCUGCCAGGACGCAUCACCGGCUGCCAGGACGCAUCACCGGCUGCCAGGACGCACCACCGGCUGUCAGGACGCACCGACGGCUGCCAGGACGCAUCACCGGCUGCCAGGACGCACCACCGGCUGCCAGGACGCACCACCGGCUGUCAGGACGCAUCACCGGCUGCCAGGACGCACCGACGGCUGCCAGGACGCAUCACCGGCUGCCAGGACGCACCACCGGCUGUCAGGACGCACCGACGGCUGCCAGGAAUGAGGAAUAUUUCCCAACACUCUAUUGAUGACCCAUCAUCAAUAGACUCUAUUGAUGACCCAUCAUCAAUAGACUCUAUUGAUGACCCAUCAUCAAUAGACCCUAUUGAUGACCCAUCAUCAAUAGACUCUAUUGAUGACCCAUCAUCAAUAGACCCUAUUGAUGACCCAUCAUCAAUAGACUCUAUUGAUGACCCAUCAUCAAUAGACUCUCUCUAUUGA